UAUCCACCCUCAAGCUGCACAAAGAAAAAUAAUUUACUCGCCAGCGUCGCAUUGGCGUUUCGCCGUUUUUUAAAGUGUACUCAAGUGUUUGUUAAUAUUUUUCGCAGUGCUCGGGCCCGACCGCAACAAACAAUAAUAACCAAAUAUAAGUGUGGGUGAAAAUGCAGCUAGGUGCCAUCGGUGCAACGGAUAGUGGAACCGAGAACCCAAAACCCAAAGCCCAAGUCCAGUGAAGCCACCAGCGAGACAGCAGCAGUCUGACCCAGCGGUGUCGAAAAGUCGCAAGCCAGGGAGAGAGGAGCGAGGAGUGAGGAGAGGAGCGUCGGAGAGCACCGAGAACCCAAGGAAGCGCCACUCAAGGGAGCCGAUAUGGCCUCCGAGUCGAUGGCCCCCAGUAGCAGCAGCGGUGCCGCCGCCGCCGCAGCUGCCGCUGCCGCCACCAAGCUGCUGGUGGAGAUCUCCACGGACGGAGUACCCAAGCUGCACUGCCCGGUGUGCAACAAGGCCCUUUUCUCGCUGGCCGGCUAUGUGAAGCACGUGAAGAAGCACCAGCCGCCAGGCGGCUUUGAAUGCCGGCAGUGCGAUGCCCGCUACUGCAGCGAAGAGGAACUGACCCAGCAUACCAAGGAUGAGCAUCCGGAUAGUGGCUCCGCCCAGGAGGACAAGCCAUAUGUGUGCGACAAGUGUGGUGUGGAGUACAUGUACCAGGAAGCCUAUCGUCGCCACUGUCGUACCAAGUGUGGCGAGGAGAAGCUUUCCAGGGAGGAGUCUCGACCUGUGGAAUGCCAGUGCUGCUCUACUCGCUUUUCCACCGAUGCCAACCUGGAGAAGCACCGACGCAGUCGUCCUGACACUUGCGGCCAGCCGGAAUACGAUCCGCCUGGCAGCUCCAAUCAGGAAAUGAAGCGGAAGUAUCGCAAGAAGAUGAAACGAGCUGACUCCGAUGAGGACUCCACCUCCGACGACGAAUCCGAGGUGGACAGCGACGAUGACAUUCCCCUGGCCAGCCGGCUAAAAACGAAGCUAAAGCAGGAGAGCCAGAACUCUGAUUCGGGUGACGAGUGCCCCGAUUUCGAGCCGAACAACAGUGAAGACGAGGCGUUCCCGUUGCCGCCACCGGCCAUGGUCAAGGUGGAGGCGUUCGACGAGGAGGACUUCGAGUACCAGGACGCCAGCAUGUAUGUGAAGACCGAGAGCACGGAUAUCUUCAGCAACGAGAAGGACAAGCUGUUGGAUGUCCUGCUGAACGAGGGCGACGGCCUGAAGCCGUUCGAGAGCCUCAAGGUGGAGCAGGGCGCCGGCAUCCUGGAUGAGAUUGCGGCCGUGCCGCUGGUGGAGGUAGCCGAGGAGGAUGUCCUUGCGCUGCGUGGCUCUCGCCCUGAUAAGCCUGGGAUGAAGAGGCGUGGCCGACCGCCCAAGGGAGAACGAAGGGAGCCGUCGGAACCGGUCGUCAAGAGAAAGUAUCGCAAGAGAAACGCCAGAUCCUCAUCGCCGGAUGAAUUCUCUCCGGGGCCGAAGCGCAUGGCCAAGAUCAGCAAGAAGGAACUGAAGGAACGCCUCAAAAUGAUCAACAAGAUGGAGAAGUCCUGGAAGUGCCCGCACUGCGUCAAGAUCUACCACAUUCGGAAGCCCUACGAGAAGCAUCUGCGCGACGAUCACAAGCUGACCGAGCAGGAGAUGCGCGAAAUCUUCAAGGACGUCGACGUCCAUGCCAAGCUGGACGAGGAGGUCUUCAAGUGUCCCAUCUGCAGCAAGAUCUACCUGGUGGAAAAGCGCCUGGUCACCCACAUGAAGGUUCACGGCGAGGAUGGCAAGCUGACGUUCAAGUGCCCCUGCUAUUGCAACCUUUUCUUCGCCACCAAGGAGCAGGCCACGGAACACGCCCGCGCCCAGCACAAGGAACUGCUCUACUGCGAGAAGUGCGACAAGUACAUGACAGGUCACGACAGUCUGAAGAACCACGAGCGCAACUUCCACUCCAAGCGGGAGCCACGCAGCCAGGUGCGCAACCUCAUCUGCGACAAGUGCGGCAAGAAGUUCACCGGCCGCACCUCACUCUCCGAUCAUGUGCGCUCCGACUGCGGCCGCCUGCCACUCUACGGCUGUUCCGUUUGCGGCAAGCAUCUUUCCACUGCUGGCAUUCUCAAGACGCACAUGCUCCUCCACAAGGCAGACACUCCAUACCAGUGCGACAAGUGCGGCAAGACGUUCAAGGUGAAGGCACAGUACAAGUCGCACUUGAAGACGCGACAUACGGACUACAAGCCCUACAAGUGCCACCUCUGCCCCAAGGAGUAUCCGUACAGGGAGAGCCUGCUCACCCACAUGACCGUACACACUGGCAUCAAGCGAUUCCUGUGCAAUAACUGCGGCAAGCGGUUCACCUGCAUCUCCAAUCUGCAGGCCCAUCGCAAGGUGCAUGCCGACACCUGCGGCCAACUGCCCCUCAACGCCAAGGCCACACAGUACAUGGGCGUGCAGCGGGGAAAGCUUCUGAUGGGUGCCAAGCCGGAGGCGGGUAUGGCCUACGACGAAACCAAGACCCUGAUCGCCGAGGAGGUCAUCGAGAAGGACAUGCCAAUGGCCCAGGAGCUCAACUUCCCCUCGGAUGGCUCCGCUCCGCUGGCCACCGUUCCCCUAAACUAUGCCUCCACGCACCUGGUGCCCCACAUCGUACUCCAGACCAUGCAGGCCGAGGCACGGCGGCUGGAGUAAUCAUGGAACACAUUCAUUUAGAGGUCCCCACUCAAUAAAGAUAAAGAUAAAGAUAAAGAUGCUUUUGUAAACGGAUGCGUAUUCUACUGUACAACCAACCAACGGGAUGAUAACUAUACAUAUAAUAUCUACUUAAUGACUGCAUUAAUUAAAUAACAUUGAACGAUAAAUAAGCUACAUAACAUUGAUGUAGAGAAAGGUUUAGCGCCAUACGGACCUGUCAAAAAAAAACUUAAGAAAAUAAAUUUUCCUUAUAAAAUA